AGCGCAGUUGCAAAAGUUACGUGAAAAGGCAAAGGACAGCCCUCUGCGCUCAUAGAUAUUUACAUAUGUAUGUAUGCAUGGGCAUACAAUAUACUCGUAUGUGUGGAAAAAAGAUUUAACAAAAUCCUGGAACAACCAUUUAGGAUCCGUCUGUAAAGUGCAAAUAUGACAAAGACUGAAAAAUGUGUUCGAAAUAGCAAAGACAUCGGAAGAAGAAGAUUUUAAGGCAGCAGCAGUGGCGAUACUAGGAACAACCACUUCGAUUCAAUUGUCGAAAUGACAAACGCCAGCUGAAGGCAGCUGAAGGUGGAAGACGCAACUGACGUCGGUUUAUCGGCCUCUAAUCUGCAGUCCGAGCCCAUUCAAAGGAGUAGCGUAAACAAUUCACAAUGCGACGACCAAAAAUAUCGCUGAAAAAGUAUUUUUAUUUCACACUGAUCUGCGCUCUGCUGCUCAUAUUUGGUUUCAAUCUCAAGGAAUAUGAAAUAUGGAAGACCCGCAGUCCCCGAUCAAUCCUGACGACCACACAGCAACACCAGCAGAAGCUGCGACAAUUUCCCUCGUCGGAUGUGGACGGUUCCGAGGAGCUCAGUAAAAGGCCUGAGGCAUCUAGCUCCACUCUAGCGCCGAUAGUCGCCACUCAACCUUCACCAGCAGCAGAAGCUUCAGCAUUGGAAGGUCAGCAGACGGAGGAUGUCGAUGUGGAGGAAAUCGACGCCGAGCGAAAUCUGGAGCCGGAGCUGGCCACUGCAAAGCUCUGGUUCUUUCACAAUGGUGAAUACUAUCCCCGCCCGGCCAAGACCUACAGCAAUCGGCGGGCGCGCAAGCGAUACGCUCCCAAGCUGCUGCCGCAUCAGGAUUCGCACAACGACCGCAUUGUCAACCAACUGAUGUACGUGCCGCACAACUACGAGCGAAUCAAGGCCAGCGGCAAGCUGAAAACCAUCCUCCUCUACAACGGCCUGGGUCCGUGGAACGUGAAGAAGGGGCGCGACGUCUUCCUGAGAUUAAAGUGUCCGGUGGAUACAUGCGAAUUAACUGCCAAUCGGGACUUGGCCAGCACGGCUGACAUGAUCCUCUACAAAGACCAUUACAUUCCCACGGCAAUACGCCGUCCCAGCAAUGCCAAGCAGGUCAGCAUGCUCUACUAUCUGGAGUGUCCCUAUCACACUCAAAAUGUUAAGGCACCCGACGCCAUCAACUGGACGGCCACCUACAGACGCGACAGCACUAUUGUUGCGCCCUACGAGAAGUGGCAGUACUACGACACCAAGGUCCAACAGCAGGAGCAGGAUCACAACUAUGCCGUGAACAAAACCAAGAAGGUGGCCUGGUUCGUGUCCAAUUGUGGCGCCAGGAAUGGGCGACUCCAGUAUGCCCACGAACUGCAAAAACACAUCGAGGUUGACAUAUAUGGUGCCUGCGGAAACUUCAAGUGCUCGCGUAGCACGGCAGACAAAUGCUUCGACAUACUUGACAACGAUUACAAGUUUUACCUGGCCUUCGAAAACUCCAACUGCAAGGACUACAUCACGGAGAAAUUCUUUGUCAACGCCCUCAACCGGCGGGUGCUGCCAAUUGUAAUGGGUGCCCGGCCCGAGGACUACGAGGUGAGUGCCCCGCGUCGCUCUUACAUACACGUGGAUGAGUUUGCCUCGCCCAAGGAGUUGGCCGAAUACCUGCGUAUUCUCGACGGUGACGACGAACUCUACAACUCGUACUUCAAGUGGAAGGGCACGGGUGAGUUCAUCAACACGUACUACUGGUGUCGGGUCUGCGCCACGCUCCACAACGAGGAGCAGCUGCGCAAGCCGCGCUGGUACAGCGACCUCAACGAUUGGUGGCGUGGCGCGGGCGUUUGUACCAACGGCUCAUGGAGGAACUUCAAGGCGCGCAAGGACGUGAUCAGCGACGAUUGAGUGCUUGAGUCGGUCCAGAUAGUGGGCCUUGGCAUUGGCAUUGCGUAGAUCCAACUUCUAUUUAAAUAUCAGUGUGUAGCUUUGAUUUGUUGUUCUUUUGUAGUUAUCACUAUCCACUAUCACUAUCCACUAUACGUGUGUAAAGAAUUGCUUACUUUUUGUCGGAGGUUUAAGUGAAUGUUUUUUGUAGCUAGCCGUAAGUGAACGAGACCUCAAAACUAGCACUAGCGUUGCAUGAGGAAAUCAAAAAGCGGAGCAGCAGAGCAGUGUAUUCAAACUAGCCCAUAGACUAAAAGAUCCCCCGGCAGAUCGGUGUAACAUAUACAAUACAAAAAAAAUACAUAAGAGAACCUAGAAACUAGACUAGUUAUAUGUGGAUAUACCACCAGUGCAUACAUAGGUUAUAUUAAAUAUUAUAUAGUUGUUUAAACUACCAGCAAGUCCAAUAUAGAGCAUAACGAGAUGAAAGACGAAAGACGAAAUACAAAGGGAUAAAAA